AUGUGGGGAGCAUUUGAACCAAUGAACAAAACAGGGAAAGAUUUUACCGACGUUUCUACAGGCAGAGUAACGUGGUUAGGAAUCCAAGUAGACAAAUACGGCACAAAAAGUCAGAAAGAAAAAUUUUGUGAAAACUUCGGAAAAGGUGGGGAAAUUGCGACGAGAAAUGUCCUGAGUGUUUAUGAGGAAAUAGGAAUGCAAGAGCAUUACAAAAUAUACGAGGAAGAAUUUUAUAACAAAAUGUGUGAAAAAAUUGAAAAACUACCCAAACAAUUACCGAAACAAGUAUUUAUAGAUUUGUUAGACUUUGCUGUAAUUAAAAAAUUCCGAGGGUAA